ACAACAUGGCGCCCGGUACCGAAGGUCUCACAGAUUUACAGAGAGAUAUUUUUACAAAAAUCAGUAAAAAUGAAGUAUGUGAGCUUAAGACAUUAUUGGCGCCGAAUAAAGUCAAAAUGGAUUUUGUUGACGAAAAUGGCAUGAGUCCUCUCCAGCAUGCCUGUUACAAAGGAAAUGUUGAAAUAGUGCAGAUGCUCCUUGAUCAAGGUGCUGAUGUAAAUGCAUGUCAACAUGAGCAUGCAUAUACCGCACUUCAUUUUGCUGCUUUAAGUGGUAAUGCUGAGUUGUGUCAUCUUCUAAUGUCUCAUGGAGCACGUUUGACAGCAAUGAAUAGCGUGGGCAGAACAGCUGCUCAAAUGGCUGCAUUUGUUGGCAAUCACAAUUGCGUAGCAACCAUUAACAACUUUAUCCCAAAGGCAGACAUAGAUUUUUACAUUAAGCCUCAGGGUUUGCAGACGGAACCCAUGCUACCACCACAUUUAGCAGAUUAUUUUCAUAAAUUCAUAAUGCAGGUCAAUGUUAAUCCUGUACGUGUGGCCAUAAAUUUACAGAGAUUUCCUACUCUCUUAGAAAAUGCUACAAAAAUACAGAAAGUACUAGAAUCUAUGCGCUACAGAGAAAUGACACGAGGUGCUGAAACAAAUGAAGUAAUGGCAUUCAAGUAUCAUUAUUUGAGUUGUGUUGUGGACGAAGUAUUAAAGUGCCAAAAACGGCAAGAAGCUAUGAAAGCAGAGAAAAACGAAAAGAGUAACGAGGAAAGCGAAGAGAAGAAAUCGGAUACUGUAGAACUUCUGGUGCGGAGGUUUUUAAAAUGCAGCAAGAACGAUGGCUUACCAGAGUAUCAGGAAGCGUUUUUGAGAGAAUCUGUGAGGGAGUUUCCAUUUAGAGAAAGUACAAUUUUUCGUCAAAUGGUUGCCACACUGGCGAGUAGAGAUCCACCGUCAGCUGUUUCCGUAGUUUCUGCUGCAAUUAAUGGACAACGCGGUUUCUCCGAUAAUGCACAGAUCUGCGUAACUUGUGGUGAAGAUAAAGCUAUUAAAAAAUGUAGUAAAUGUAAAGCGGUACAAUACUGCGACAGAGAAUGCCAGAGAUUGCAUUGGUUUAUGCACAAAAAAGCUUGCGCUAGACUAGGGCAGUCAUCUAAUAAUGGGAAAACCACGGAUGUAGAUAAAGAGCAGAUUACGAAUGUUCUUGGUUCCAGAUUACAAAAUUUAGCUGUUAAAUAAGUGUGUAUCAUGUAUACAAAUAUCAAUAAUUUGAUCAAGAAAUUAUAUGUUUAUAACAGAUUUGCUUUGUAUAUAGUCAUUCGUGUGAAUUAGCGCGUCUUUGUACGACUGUGCCUAUGGUACCUACAGAAAUUAAAUAAUAAUGUCAUUAUUUCCGUAUAAUUAAAAUCGUUGAAGUUGAGUAAUUUUUAUUUUGUCUUAGAUAUAGUCUGCUAUGCAUUUAUUUUACAGCUUUCAAUGUCGAUACCUGACAACGGCCAAAGUAAUCAAAGAAAUUGUACAUCUGAAUUGAAUCAUAAAUUCUUAAUUGGUAUGCAAACAUACAACAAAAGUCGCAAUAUUUAUAAACUAACUUUUUGUAUAUAUUUAUUUUCGGUAAAAAAAAUUGUGCACGCGUGCAAAUGAAAAUAAGAAAUAUUGUAUUAAAUGUUAAAAUGCAUGUUAAGAUGAUUAGAGAAAACAUUUCUCUACACUUUUAUAAACAUUUUUUCCGAAAUAUCUUUGUCCCAAUUAUUUUCAUUGGAUAUAUGUGCUAAAUUGAAUGUAUCUGUUAAAUAUUUUAAAAUUGUUAUUUAAACUUUUACAGUGGUCUCUGUCAUUGUCAAAAUAAAGCACGUUUACUUAUAA